CUGAACGAAACGAAACCUUGGUUCCUCUCUCUUGUCCUCACAACUUCGUGCGUCGAUCCCAAAGAGAGAGAGUGAGCGAGUGAGUAGGGUUUCAAAUUUUCAGCCAGACCAAAUCGGAAUCGGAAGAAAUGGGCGGUGGAGGCGGCGAUCACGGCCAUGGAAACGGCGAUUUCAGGACCAAGGUGUGGAGUAUGACCGGUGGCCCUUACUGUCGUCCCAAACACUGGAAGCGAAACACUGCCAUUGCCAUGUUCGGCGUCGUCCUCGUCUGCAUCCCCAUCGCCAUGAAAUCCGCUGAACUUGAGCAACGACCGCAUCAUCCAGUUCGCCCCAUCCCUUCUCAACUCUGGUGCAAGAACUUUGGAACUAAAGAUUAUGAACAAUCGGAAUAAAAAUUGCAUCACUGGUGUGGGAGGCCACAUCAUGUCAAGCAGACAUUAUUUGUUAAAGCUCUAAGAAUAUGAACAGCCUUAAAGAGUUGCUGUUGUUGAUGUUAUCCAAGACUUUGAUCUAGGAUCAAGUAGUGACAUAUUUUUAUUUUUUGGCUAUAUUUGAUGGACAUCCAUUUUAGAAAUGAUGAAAUUAAAUAAGUGCUAUUUUCUGAAGUUUUGAUUCCAGAGCCUGUUGAAACCGAUAUUACUUGUUACUUUAAUAAUUGCAAUUGUGCUUUUAUCA